GCCUCCUGCAUGUGCCCGACCCAGCUGGGGAUCGAGCUUGCAACUGAGGUACAUGCCCUUGACUGGGAGUGGAAUCCUCAACCCUUCGGUCCAUGGACCAAUGCUCUAACCACUGAACCAAACUGGCUAGGGCCGCAGCUCAUUUUUGAGUCUUGAACCCUACAUCCUGCUUCCUGCAACCUGACAACCCAUCAUGCUUGAGCCAAGGGAAUCUUCCUGGACUCUGGCCUCAGCCAAGAAUGUUGUAAACAAGCAAAGGCGGUCCCAGGGCUGAGGCAAAAGACACUCAGGAGCUGCAGAUCUGUCUUCCAGGGGGAUAGGACUCCCUACCCCAGCUGGUCUGGACUCCUUUCCAGUCUGGCUGAGUGCCUGAGGUGGAAGUGCUUGGCUCUCUGCCUGUCUAUGGGGCUGUUCAGUCAGCCCACCAUGCAUUUGGAGGACUGGGCUUUGCAGCUGAUGCUCUUGGCUGCUGAGGUGCUCCCUGGAGGCUGGGUUGGGGACUGGGUGUCAGGAGUUGGGCUCAGCUGCAGGAUGUUUUGGGUGUGAGGAUAGUAAGGUAGUGCUACUGCUUGAGCUCUUUUCUACCUUUUAGGAGGGCCAAACUCAAGCUGUUUGCUACCAAACACCUUUUUUCUAUUAACUAAGCAUCCGGCCCAUCUGGGUAGGAACAGGCUGAGGGCAUGAGAAGCAGGCAGCCAGGCUCCUACUGCCAACAACCAAGGAUUCCACAUUUCUACAGGAUGGAAAGAGCCCCUGGGAAGCCAGAGCCAGCCCCUCCCUGUUUUGCAUUGAAGACUGACACGCAAAGCAGAGAACGCCUGAGCAGCCUGCAGUGGAAAGUUGGAGCCAUGGUGUGUGGCAGGCGGAUGCAGGAGCAGAGAGCAGCUGGGGAGAGUAGGACUCAGAGGACCUGGUGGGGCAUGGCGGGGAAAAUGAAGUUCCUGGCUUGGCUAAUGGUAGCUAUUUGCCUCCUCCCUGGGUUGACUACAGCCCAGCACCAUGAAGGGCAGCCCAUGGACAGCACCGGCAUGGAAGGUGGCCUGCAGGAGCCAGAGGCCCCGGAAGUGAUGUUUGAGCUGCUCUGGGCUGGGCUGGAGCUGGAUGACAUGAGGCAGCUGCACAUCCAGGAUGAGGAACUGGCGUCCACACAUCCAGGCCAUCGACUCAGGCUCCUCCUGCAGCACCAAGUGCCCAAUGACUUGAAGGGUGCUGAGCAGCGGCUGCAGCAGUUCCAGGACCUGCGGAAGGGGCCUCCUCUUAGCCCCUGGGACUUUGAACAUCUGCUCCUCACAGGCCUAUCCUGUGUCUACCGGCUCCAUAAGGCUAAGGAGGCUGAGGAGAGGGGUCGCUGGGCCCAGGUCUUUGCCCUCCUGGCACAGGAAACACUUUGGGACCUGUGCAAAGGCUUCUGCCCUGAGGGCCAGCCUCCUUCUUUGGGGCCCUGGGCCUCAAUCCUUGACCCCUUCCCCUGACCCCCCUUUUCACCUGCCAGCCCCCCAAUUCCCACCCAUAAGCCAGACCCAUCCUGGGCAGGGGCUUCCAUAUGGUACCUGGUUCUUCCCACUGUGUUCAGAUCUCUGGGCUUGGGGCUUGCACCCUGGACCCACGUUUACCUCUCCCUCAUCUUCUUCUCUGGGCCCUGAUAGGCUAAGAGCCCAGAUUCUGGGUCCCAGGCAACAGGUGCAGAGCUAAAGGCGGGACUUGCAGGCAGUGUGUGUGUGUGUGUGUGUUGGGGGUCAGGAUUGAGAAGUGUGUUUUAAGGGAUGCUGAAAUACUUUGGGUGGUGGGCACACAAUGCAAAAUAGACAGGUCUUGGAACACAGAAAUCCACACCUGAAACCUGUAUGAUACUAUUAACCAAUGUCACCCCAAUAAAUUUAAUUUAAAAAAA